AUGGCCUUGGGAUUAUUUAAAAAAAACAAAGGAAACGACAACCUAGCUGAGGAAAAGAAUGUUGCAGAAGAGGACAAUAAAAUUGAAAAUAAAGUAACGGAAUCCACUGCUGCAGAUUCGGAAGCAAAAUUUGCAGUUUCAAAUAAGAAGAAAAACACCAAGAAGGGAAAAACCACAAAGAAAGACGCUUCUUCGGCUUCAUCCUCCACCACAUCUGAUUCUUCAGAUAAUAGCGAUGGCGAGGCGAAUAAGGAAGCUGUGGACGCAGAUGCAGGACAAGUGUUGAAUGGAGAAACAAAUAACAAUGUAUCUAAGUCUAGUUCUGAUUCAUCUGAUACCUCCGAUUCUUCAGAUGAAGAAACCAAAGAAGUUGUGCAACCGGUGAAAUUGGCAAAAUCGUCCAAGCCAGAAAAGGAAGAAAAGGCCAAGAAAAACGAACAAUCGAAACAACACGAAGAUUCGGAUUCAGAUUCCGAUUCUGAUUCAGACACUGAUUUCGAUUCGGAUUCAGACUCAGACGAGAAUGAAAUAGAACAGCAGAAACAGAACCCAAAGCAGAAGCAAAACAACAAAAAAACUGCGUCGAACAUGAAUAGUGAAGACCAGUCAAAUGCACUAGCAGGUGGAAAAAAUAAAAGAAAAAACGAAAUUGUUGCAGAAACAAAUAAGGGAAAAAACAAAAAACAGAAAUUUAAUAAAAAUGAUAAAAACGGAAAGAACAAGAAUAAUGCUGAAAAUCAAGAAAAUGGAGAAAAAUCGUCUACUACCGUUAUUCCCACGGAGUUCAUAAUUACCAUUAUCAACAUUAGCAGAGAAACCAAAGAAUCAGAAUUGAGAAAUUUUUUAAAAGAAUUACUGAAUGAAGAUUAUGUAGAAGACAAAAUUUAUGUAUAUUUGAAUAAGCAUAACAACAGUGCAUAUGUAUAUUGUUCUGAAAAGAAGAUCAAUGACACAUUGGUUAAGAAACAUAAUGAAAAAUUCAAUGGAGUACCAGUAAAAAUUCAUGAAAAUCCAAAUGCAUUAAGCUCAAUCAUGGUUACUCAUAUGAGCAAGAAUACCACAGAAGAAGAGGCAAAGCAGGUUUUUGAAAAAUAUGGAAACAUUAAUAAGUUAUGGUUUAAUCCUAAUAAAACCAAACUACAAAUCACAUUUGACAAUAUGGAAAGUUGUGUUAAAGCAUUGGAACAAGAUGGAUGUUUAUUAGGGGAAAGUUAUGUGCAUGUUGGUCUGAUACUGAAUGGAAAUAACAGCUUCAAUUUUUCAGAAAACAAUUUUGCAUACAAGAGUAACAGGAACAAUUAUUACAAUAACAAUAAAAAUAACAACAGUCAAGAUUUCGAAGGAGGAAAUGCUGGAGGAGGAAGGUCAAAUGGUAAUGCUGGUCAAGGUGGUUUCUUUGGAAAGAAGUUUGGACAUAUGAACAAAUUCAACAGAAACGGAAGCAACUUUGACAGGAACAAUGGAAACAAUUUCAACAGAAAUGGAAGUAACUUCAACAGGAACAACAACAAUGGUGGAAACUUCAACAGAAACGGAAGCAAUUUCAACAGGAACAACAAUGGAGGUAACAAUAACGACGAUAUGAAUGGAGGAGGAAUAACUUUCACCAAUGGAAACAGCUUCAACCGAGGAAACAAUUUCAACAAGGGAGGAGGAAAUUUCAACAAGAAUGGCAACUUCAAUAAGAACGGCAACUUCAACAAGGGAGGAAAUUUCAACAAGAAUGGCAAUUUCAACAAGAACGGCAACUUCAACAAGAACAGCAACUUUAACAAGAAUAGUAACAAUAACAAUGAAGAUGGAAACAACAACGAUAACAAUAACAACAGCAACAAAAACGAGGCGAACAAGAAGAAAUUCAACAAGAAGAACAAAAAAAAUCAACAGAAGGAGGUCAGCACGAAUGCCGACAACUAG